UUAAAUUGUGCCACGUGUACACUGUGUACACGUGGACAUUCCAACCUGGCACUUAACAGCCAAAAAUGGAUGGAAAAGGCUAAUUACUAACGGACUAGUGGUUUAUGUAGUUUUACCACCAAAAUUUUAGAUUAGGGAAUUAGUUGGAAAAACCUAUCCACUUUAAGAGGUUUUGCCGCAAAUAACCCUUCUUUUAAUACAUUAGCUUGGUUGUUUUUUUUAGUUCGGUUUUUAUUUUAUUUGAAGCUAUCUUGGCCACGUGUAAUACAGUUAGUGCUUGCGGGUUUUAACACACUCUCUCUCCUCUCCUAAAGGCAGUGGAGGCGUGAGAGGUGAGCUGAGUUCCACACGAGAGAAAUGCCAAUAUCUGAAUCAAUUCUUUCAUCGUCAACACGGCUUACCGCCAUUCCUUCUCUAUCUCUUGCAACUUCACAGACACAAAAAUCGUUUAUGGAAGUGCAGGUUGGGAAUAAGUGCAGACAUUUGAGAGUGAAGUGUAAUUAUGGAAGUUUGGGUGGAGGAACAGGGGCAAGUUUUAUGGGGUCUAAGGAAAAUGUGAAAGUUGUAAGCAAUUGGGUAAAGGGUGGUGACAUUGACAAUGCUUCAGUGGAGUUGGAUGUUCCAUUUCCUCAAGACUACUCUGAGCUUCUCCAACAAGCCAAAAAAGCAACUGCAUUGGCUUUGAAAGACAACAGACAAUUGAUGGAGAUUGAAUUCCCAACUGCCGGGCUUGAAUCUGUACCAGGGGAUGGUGAAGGUGGAAUAGAGAUGACGGAGAGUAUGGUGUUAAUUCGUGACUUCUGUGAUCGUUUUGUUGAUACAGUGAAAGCUGUGCGAACUAGAAUAUUUUUUCCUGAGGCCAAUGAAGUAACUUUUGCAAGAAAUUCAGUCUUUGGAGGAGCCUCCUUCAAAUUGGAUUAUUUGACAAAACCAUCAUUUUUUGAAGAUUUUGGUUUUGUUGAAAAAGUAAAAAUGAAGGACCGUGUGAAGCCAGAAGAUGAACUAUUCCUUGUCGCUUAUCCAUAUUUUAAUGUCAACGAAAUGCUCGUUGUUGAAGAGCUUUACAUAGAAGCUGUCAAGAACACCAACCGAAAAUUGAUUAUAUUUAACGGAGAACUUGACCGCAUAAGAUCUGGCUAUUAUCCACCAUUUUUCUAUCCGAAACUGGCUGCACUUUCAAAGACCCUGUUUCCACUGAUGGAGACUGUAUAUUAUAUCCACAACUUUAAGGGAUCCAAAGGGGGAACCCUUUUCAGGAGCUAUCCCGGUCCUUGGAAAGUCCUUCGAAGAGUAGGGAACAAAUACAUUUGCAUUCAUCAACAAGAAACUAUGCCUUCACUGAAGGAAGUUGCUUUGGAUAUUCUUCCAUCAGCUUGAUAUAAUCUAACUCAUUUGGGUUUUGUACAGAGAAGAAACUUCAAUGAACUAUGUAUGUACAUGUGCUGGUUUCAGAUUAAUUGUAGAUAGUUUUAUCUGAACAGACUGAAACUUUAAUUUAUUUUUUCAGUCUGUUACAUAAGCAUUGACGCGCUCUGCAGCAUAAUAUACCAAAACAUAUAACUUCAGAGUGAUUUAUUGGAUAAUUUAUAGGGAUUUGAAUUGUAAUCUUUAGUUUUUUAUUUCCUGUUUA